AUGGCUGAAGGGGAGAGCUGCACCGCAUCCGCCGCGCAAAUAAAAGAAGACUUCGAGAUUAUCGACAAAAAACAGAUUCCUAGCACGACUGAGUUGAAAAACGAGGCAAAAGAGAAAACGGAGGAAGGGAGAUGGUCUGCCCCUAUCCUGUCGCUGGCCAAGAAAGCCUCAGAAAACUUAGCGCUGAGCUACGGCAACGCUCUGAAGUCUGCAUCUUUGGUAGGAUUCAUACCCAAACCAGUCAGCAAUGACAGCACAGCAAAAACAAGUGCGCGAUACCACACCAUGGAGGAGCGUGCCAACCUCAUGAACAUGAUGAAGCUCAGUAUCAAAAUCCUGAUCCAGUCGGCCCUGAGUCUGGGCCGGACCUUGGACUCUGACUUCCCUCCCUUGCAGCAGUUCUUCGUGGUGCUGGAGCAUUGCCUCAAGCAUGGGCUGAAAGUGAAGAAGACUUUUAUUGGACAGAACAAAUCCUUCUUUGGUCCUUUGGAGCUAGUAGAAAAACUUUGUCCUGAGGCAUCAGAUAUCGCAACUAGUGUUAAAAAUCUGCCAGAGUUGAAGACUGCUGUGGGAAGAGGAAGGGCUUGGCUUUACCUAGCACUCAUGCAAAAGAAACUGGCAGAUUAUCUGAAAGUGCUCUUGGACCAUAAACAUCUAUUAAGUGAAUUUUAUGAACCUGAUGCGUUGAUGAUGGAGGAGGAAGGAGCAGUCAUUGUGGGUCUGCUAGUUGGACUGAAUGUUAUUGAUGCAAACCUGUGCUUGAAAGGAGAAGACUUGGAUUCCCAGGUUGGAGUGAUUGAUUUUUCCUUGUACCUUAAGGAAACACAGGACAGCGAUGGCAAACAAGAUGGAGGGAUUACAGCUGUCCUUGACCAGAAGCAUUAUGUGGAAGAACUUAACCGACAUCUAAGUUGCACGGUUGCAGAUCUUCAAAACAAAAUAGACUGCUUAGAAAAGACUAAUUCAAAACUCCAGGAAGAGCUUGCAGCGGCGACUGACCGCAUCGGAGCACUUCAGGAAGAGCAGCAGCAGUUAAAGCAACAAAAUGAAUUAAUUCGAGAACGGAGUGAGAAAAGCGUAGAGGUAACAAAAGAGGAUACAAAAGUGGAAUUGGAUACUUACAAGCAGUCACGUCAGGGUCUUGAUGAAAUGUACAGUGACGUUUGGAAGCAGUUGAAAGAAGAAAAAAAAAUAAGGAUGGAAUUAGAGAAAGAGCUGGAGCUACAGAUUGGAAUGAAAACAGAAAUGGAAAUUGCCAUGAAACUUCUGGAAAAAGAUACUCAUGAAAAGCAAGACACUUUAGUUGCACUGCGCCAGCAGUUAGAAGAAGUGAAGGCUAUUAACUUGCAGAUGUUUCACAAAUCUCAGAAUGCAGAGUGUUCAUUACAACAGAAAACAGAAGCAAUAUCCUCUUUUGAAGGAAAAACAAAUGAGAUGAUGUCCUCUAUGAAACAAAUGGAAGAGAGGUUGCAGCAUGCAGAAAAGGCAAGGCAGGCUGCAGAAGAAAGGUGCACCAAGAUGAAGCAGGAGCUUGCUGACAGGCUUGACGCUUGUCGGCAACAGAUGUCCCAUCUGGACAGCAAAUGCUCAACUCUGGAAAAGGAGUUAAAAUCUGAAAAGGAACAGAGACAAUCUUUGCAAAAAGAACUGCACCAAGAGAAGGAUGCUACCACUCUGCUCAAAACAGAACUGCAACAAAUGGAAGGACUGAAAAAGGAACUGAGAAAACUGCAAGAUGAGAAGCAGCACUUAGAGAAGGUCUGUGAAGAGCAGGAGCAAGCUCUUCAAGAAAUGGGACUGCACCUCAGCCAAUCAAAGUUGAAGAUGGAAGAUAUUAAAGAAGUAAAUAAAGCACUAAAGGGUCAUACCUGGCUGAAGGAUGAUGAAGCAACACACUGCAAGCAGUGUGAAAAGGAGUUCUCCAUCUCCAGAAGGAAGCACCACUGCAGGAACUGCGGCGACAUCUUCUGCAACACUUGUUCCAGUAAUGAGCUGGCACUGCCCUCGUACCCUAAACCUGUCCGUGUCUGUGACACUUGUCACACUUUACUCCUUCAGCGCUGUUCGUCCAACUCUUCCUAAGGCUCUCCUGACCCUGCCAGGACAGUUUAACAUUGGAAAGUAGCCAUUAUUUUUUUUAUCCUGGAUCCCAGGCACUGCUCACGCAGCAGCAGGCUGCCUGCUCUCCAAUAGCUUCCACUGUAAGACAGCAGUGUAGAGUAACG